CCACCGCCGGCCGGUCCGUCGUGUCGUCAAUUAUGGGACAGUACUUCUCUGCCAACACCGCCAACAACAACCAAGGGGGAGCUGCGCAGAGAUACCAGAGACCACAAGCUGCACCAGGUGGUGCAGCCACAGCCAUGGACACCGACUACUACGCCCGACCGCCCCACCACCCCCCCACCAGUGGGCAGCCACCAGCCGCCAGCAGGUACCAGAGCCUCCGCGUGACGCCCUGCUCAAGGCCCACCCAGCAGCUUCAGCGACAGCAGCAGCAUCAGCAGCAUCCGAAUCAGGCAUCGCCCACCGAGAUGCCCCCCAACAAGGGCCUGCUGAUGGGCGACGCGCGGUUCCAGAAGUGCCUGUCUGGCGACAGCAUCACGUCGGCGUGCAGCACCCACGUGCCGAGCAGCCCCAGCUCGAGCCGCAGCAGCAGCACGGGAGGCACCCCUGCUCACUUCAUCCUCAGUGAGAUGACAGGCGGUCACCACGGUGGCAUACCCGGUGGGCAUGGACAGCUCAACGAGCUCUCCGCUGCCAUGCAAAUCGAGCCCACCCACCAGCACCCCCACCAGCACUCACACCAGCACCACAAUCAGCCGGCCAGGCGCAGCGUGACGUCGCCCGACGGAUCAACUGUCCCUGUGGGUGGCGACUACCACUGGGGGCAGCUGGGCCACCCGAGCCAGCAGCCCAGCCGUGAUGCGGCGGGGGAUGGGAUGCCCAGCGAGCUGAGGAACACACUGCUGGCGUCCGCGGCGCAGGAGAUGGUCGACUCGGGCUACUUCCCGGGCCAAGACGAUGUCACCGACAUGGCCAGCGCCUUCAGGAGGGUGAGCAAGCCACUCAAUCGCCCACUGACCAACACACAACGUGCUCGCUGCCUGUCUGUCUGUCUGUCUGCAGGCGCCGUCUCGUGUGGCGAGUGUCCCGAGUGACGGUGGUGCCGGCAAGACGCCCGUGCAGACAGGCGCCUUCUACCCCUACCAGUCGACCCGCUCCACCCCCACCCCAUCCCCGCCCCCCCUCCAGGACGAACAUCCCCCGCCCUGCCCCCCCUUCGUCAGCCCCACACCACCACCACCAGCCCCCAGCGCUGCUGGGGUAUACUCCCACACCCACACGCAUCGAAGCGACAGGCGCCACAGCCUCGCCUCCGACUACGACGUGCGGGCGGCCCAUUCAUCGCACCAAUCGCACCAAUCGCAAUAUGCGUCGGUGUCUGUCUCAUCGCACCAUCAGCAGCAUCAGCAGCAGCAGAUGUUUCUCACGCCGCACGUGCGGCUGCGCGAGGCGGGUCUACUGCAGCAGCAGGACCCCCACCACAGCCUUAGCCGGGCGGGCACCUUCCCGCCACCCUGCCCGCCAUAUAGCUUCGACCCCCGCUCACAGCCGGGCGGCGAGGGGAGCAACGACGGCUUUGACGUGUCGAUGGAGGAAAGAUCCCGGCGAGGUGGGCUGAUGAUGGGCGGGGCCUUUGGCGGGCGAGGCGACCAGAUGCGUGACAGUGUGAUGGACCGUGGUGGCCCACCCACGACCGGCCCCCCGUGUGUGUCGCCCUCGUCCCCCUUCCCAUACAUCCUCCCCACACACCCUCCUGGCCGCGGGAUGCAUCACGGCCAUGGGCAGCAGCGGCGUGAGCGGGACGAGACGUGUGGGCCGUACCGGUUUGAGCCGCAUGACCAGGAGAAGCUGGCGCAGCUGUCGCAUGACGACCUCAUCCAGGCGAUAUCAUGCCUCCUGGGUGCUAUCACCAGCAGCGACAGACAGCCAGGACAGGUCAGCGGGAUGGAUGGUCCAUAUGUAUACCUGUCUCACAAUUCGAGUCUACGUGUGGUUAUGGUUGUGGUUGUGGUGUGUGUGGCAGGUGACGAAGUUUGACGCGGUGCGCGUGCCUGGGAUCUCCGUGAGGGAGUACUUCAUCAGGUGGGCGAGGUGUGUUGUGCAGGUGCGUGUAGGGGUGCAUGGCAUGGCAUGUGUCGUUGUGUCGUUGUGUGGAUGCAACCAUCGGUAACGUGCAGGUUGGCUGAGUUCUUCAGCUGCAGCCCCACGUGUCACCUGCUGUCGCUGAUCUAUAUCGACCGCAUCGUCAAGUGCACACCUAACUUCAAAGUCGACGCUCUCAACAUACACAGGUAUGUUGUACCAAUCACACCUCAAUCCACCCAUCCAUCCAUACAUCCAUCCAUCCAAUACGUGCCUGCCUGCCUGCCUGCCUUCCUGCCUGCGCCAGGUUGCUGGUGACGAGCACCAUGCUGGCCGCCAAGUUUUACGACGACAAGUUCCUCAGCAACGCCUAUUAUGCCCAGGUAGGCACACGAGCCCACUCUCUCUACUGCUGAUAUGGUAUGGCUGAUAAAUACGACUGGUCGGUCGGUGAAUGUCCAUCAAUCCAUCAGGUGGGUGGUGUGAGCACCAAGGAGAUCAACCGGCUGGAGCAGCGGUUCCUAGCGCUGCUCGACUACCGCCUCGUUGUCGUCCCCCACGAGUUCCACCAGUACUCCAACUACGUCAUCUCACUCGCACAGGGUACGGACGGCACCAUCCACCAUCCAACUCAACUCACACAGACACACACACAGAUAUGGACUCUCUCCCUCUGUUUGUGUCUCAGUGAUGCGUGGGGGCUGAUAGGUGGACUCGACUGACGGAUGGUCGCUCUACCAGGCUGCUUGCGCCGACGCACUGGGGGGCUGGUUGGUUGGUUGGUCGGUUGGUUGGUUGGGUGAGUGAGUGAGACGGUGGGACCGAGCGGGGAGCUCGGGUGGGAUGAAUGAAUGGAUUUAUGUAUACAAGCAUUCAUCGGUUUUGUUGGCUCACUCACUGUCUGCCUGCCUGCAUACUUACAGGGAUGGUGUUUGGGUGGGUGCAUGACAGUUGCGAG